UGUUGCAAACCCGUCUGCAAAAGCAAAACCGGUGAAGGUUCGGCAGGGAUUCCCGCACCGUCACCGCCCUCUGCCUGUGGAGGGAACGCACUGACACCCACAACACCGGCCGUGCAGUUAACAUUAAACCGGUCACUUCGCACAGUGUGUGCUUUUCGAGUUGGAAGAAUAACUGAGACGUAUCAUCCUGAUUUAUCGGAACUGUUUUAAUGAUAAUGGCAUCAACGGACCAAAAAAGCUUCCACAUCUGCACACCACUGCAUAAAAGUCUGGCACUGUCAAAGGUAGCAGGCACCACAGUCUACAUUAAACUUGAUAAUGUGCAGCCAACUGGCUCCUUUAAGAUAAGAGGAGUGGGAUAUUUGUGUCAAAAGGCAGCGGAGGAAAACUGCAAACAUUUUGUAUGUUCUUCAGGAGGGAAUGCUGGCCUGGCUGCUGCCUUUGCUGCUCAGAAGUUGCAGAUUCCUGCCACUAUUCUGGUGCCCAGUAGCACACCAGAAUUUACCAUUCAGAAGCUGAAGGAAUAUGGAGCACUUGUAGAAGUGGUUGGUAAGGUUUGGGAUGAUGCUAAUAAGCAAGCAUUAAAACUAUCUGAAAACGCUGGCUGGGUAUAUGUUCCUCCAUUUGAUCACCCCUUGAUCUGGGAAGGACAUGCCAGUAUUGUGAUGGAGCUUAGGGACGCACUUCCGUGUAAACCUGGGGCUAUAAUUCUCUCGGUUGGAGGUGGAGGCCUCUUUUGUGGAGUGGUAGAAGGUCUGAAGAAGGUGGGUUGGUGUGACGUGCCUAUAAUUGCCAUGGAGACCAAAGGUGCCAACAGUCUGAACGAGGCAGUGAAGGCUGGGAAGUUAGUCACGCUUCCUGAUAUCACAAGUGUGGCCAAAAGCCUUGGAGCUAAGACCGUGUGUGAGAAAGCACUUCAGAAUACACAAGAACAUAUUGUUCUCUCUGAAGUAAUCAGUGAUCAUGAGGCUGUGCAAGCAACAGAGAGAUUUUUAGAUGAUGAAAGGAUAUUGGUUGAACCAGCCUGCGGUGCAUCACUAGCUGCCAUUUACAGCGGUGUCAUCCAGCGUCUGCAGAAGGAGGGACAGCUGGUCAAGGACUUACAGUCAAUAGUUGUCAUUGUCUGUGGUGGAAGCAGCAUCACAAUGGCACAGCUUAAAGAAUACAAAAUGCAACUAGUGAGCGAUCAAUGAAGCAAUUUUUCUGAAUGUGUCGCUUUCCUUAUAAAUCAUUCCCGUCUGGCAGACAGUAAUCAUGUGAAAUCAUAUGACUGGAAUUGUUGAAAAGUUGGGUUAAAUGAAUGGAUUGGGAAAGGUCUCUUUAUCAUGCUUGGGCCUUAUUUGCAAUAUUCCUCCAUGCUACAGUGCAGCUUGCAAAUUGUUUCUGCCUUCUCAUGCUUAGCAGAAGUGUAGAUACCAGGUUUACGUGAGGUUUCUCUCGCUCCCUUUCUACCAUUCCCAGCCUCCCUCUCUCUCUCACUGUGAUUCUAUUAUGUAUCUCCCUCUCUCUCUCUGUUCUCCAAUUAUCAUCUUUCACCGACCACCUGUUUUGAGAUGAUCAGAAUAAAUGUAUUUCUUACUCUAAACAUCCAAGGUGAUGUAGUAAAAUGGAGACACAAGAGACUGCAGAUGCUGAAAUCUAGAGAGAAAAUGAGCCACUGAAGGAACUCAGUGGGCCAGGCAGCAUCUGUGGAAGAAAAUGGACAGUCGAUAUUUCAGGUUGAGACUCUUCAUCUGCCAGAAUGUUGUUGAUAGCUUUAGUCUCAAUGAUGGUAGGUGCAAAUGUUGUUAUAUUUAAUAACUUGAAGCUUUUUGGCUCUGCACUAGAUGACAGUGGAUUUAGACUUCUGCUUCUAAUUCUGAGUUUGCAAUCUGAUCUAAUUCAACUCAACCCAGGCAGAUUAAUAUUUCUUCAUUCUGCUGGCUGUAAAGGGAAGUGAAUGUGGGACUUUAAUAUCAUACCCAUUGGUUGAGAACAGUGUUUGGUGAAAGCACCAGAAGCCCUGAAAUUGGACCUGAGUUUUGUUUAGUGAAUAAAAUAGACCUGUGAGCAGUUUAGCUGGUGUUUUGAUAUGGUGGCGUCCAUUGCCAGGGAAAGUGCUGGUCAUCACGAAAUGGGAAAGGACACGACUGCUGCUUUUCCAGAGCCGAUCAUGAAUGUCAUUGACGUGCACGAUUUUCCCUUUGGCCUCACUAACAGAAAUUGUAGCAAUAACGUGCAGCCUUCAACCUUAGUUGUAAACUCUCACUGAAACAAUGACAUACCCCUGCAGGAAGUUGUCACUGAUAUGCAAUUAAAGAGACCCCACUGGGA